UGUUGUUUGCUCGCCCGGUCAGUUAUAAAGAAUGCACCAACUCGGCGGUUGUUGUAGCAACCGUCUUUAGCGUUAAUAGCAUCAACGUGACUUUCGUGUGUAUUGUAGUUAAUGAACAUUAAUGCUGGUCGAAGGAGCGAACAGUUGGCUAAAAUCAGUUUAUCCGCAUUUAACUUAAGUUUAACUUCGAGCAAUGUUGUUUGUGUUCGUCUCGGAUAAAGUUAACUAAAUUAUCGUACCGUAGCUAAUUGCUAAAUUAAUAAAACACUGGAACUUAACAUUGGGAAAACCCAACUGCGGUAAACAACGAAAUAAGAAUACUUUUUGCAUGCCUGGCACUAGUUGCGUAGUGUAUUUUAAUUCACACGUUUUCUGCCUUUGAGUAAAUAGUUGCAGCCCUAGCAUGUCGGCUGUCAGCAGUCUCGUUCCAGCACGGUUUCUCACCAUCAUAGCUCACCUUGUCAUCGUUAUCACUAUCUUCUGGUCGAGGGAAAACAACGUAAAGGCUUGCUUGCCUUUGGAUUUCACGCAAGAGCAAUACAACAGUGAAGACAAAAAGUUGGUGGUAGCAUUGGCUGUCACCCUUGGUCUGUUUGCUAUAGAGUUGGCUGGGUUCUUCUCAGGAGUGUCCAUGUUCAACUGCAGCCAAGGUCUCCUGUCAACAGGAGUCCAUGCCAGUGCCUCAGUGGCUCUCCUUUUCUUUCUAUUUGAGCAGUGGCAGUGUGACAUCUACUGGUGGAUCCUUGCCAUUUGCAGUGUGUUACCUGCUUUUGUGGAGAUUCUUCUGUUUGUAGCUGUUUUUGGUCUGAAGAAGAAGCCACUAUGAAAGACAGUCGUGAGGUCAAGUGCUAUAAAAGAGUGAGGGUAUUGACAUCUUCCAAGUGCAUCAACAGCAAAACCAACAAACAUCAAAGGAAUAUACAAGCCACUCCCCCUCUGUAAUGUUUUUUUUUAUAUUUUUAUAUAUUUUAAAUGAUAUAGAUGCAAAAGAAUAUUUGUGUUUUUGUGUUUAUUUUUAACAUGUCUGAGUGGUUAGCUUAGAAAGGACAUGUACCAGAAUGUCAGUUGCAAUUUUUUAGUAACUUUGUCAAGAAAUAAGUGCUUAUUUGUCAGUAAACAUUGAUGUGGUUUUCUGUCGUUCUCUGUCUGUUUGUCAAAUUUCUAUGAAAAAUCUUAGAAUGCUACUUAAAUCUCAAAUACAUUUUUUACAAAUUA